CUGUUGUAAGCAACAUGGACGAUGAUGGGCUGCCGAUUAUCGGUCCCGGCGUUGAUUAUGCCAAGGUCCCACCGAUCCAACAGAAGCGGACUCUUGCGUUCCUUAACUAUUUUCUAACGAGGACAACUUCGUUUCUCAACCACUUCGCGACGGUCUGCGAUGAGAAACUAGAAGACCUACUCAUCAGAAUACAGCGUCUGGAAGCCUCCAUGUGCAUAUUGGAGGCGAAGCUCUCUUCGAUUCCUGGCCUCGAAAAUGUGACGACCACCAGUGCUACUGAAGCCAAGCCGGAUGCGCACAACCAGCCGAGUACGGCACAAGCCGCUGCCAGUCAGGACCAUUCGCAGCAGCAGCAGUCAAACGGUCCAACGACCGAGACAAACGCCGAACCCGUCAAGGCGGCAGACUCGGUGACGCAGCCUUCGGCCACACCAACAAACACGGUCUCCAAGGAUCCUAGGUUCUCAAAGUACUUCAAGAUGCUCAACGUUGGUAUUCCUUUGGGUGCUGUUCAAAUCAAGAUGCGGCAGGAAAACGUGGAUCCCAGCAUACUAGAUAAUCCCGACGCACCGGCACCUCCUGGUGCUCCAACAUCUCCGUGUCCCGCACCCGCGGAUGGCAACACCACCGACGACAGCAGCCUCAGCGAUUGAUGCGACAAAGUUCCACCUUAGCAUCCACAUUCCACAUGCAGCCGUACCGGCAAUGCAGUCAGAUACAUUCACGCCAAACCAAGCCGCCACACUAGAAGAGUCGUUCAUAGGGCCUCGGAAGCACCCGCGAAGGCGCUUUUCCACGAGCCGGUGCCACCCCGACUUGCUGCGCGUGGUGCUAGACCGUA